AUGGCGGAUAAUAUUGUUCUGAGGAAGCUUAUCGUAGAGAUCUGUAACGCAAGAAAUUUGAUGCCAAAAGAUGGUCAAGGAACGGCAAGUGCUUACGCAAUCGUCGAUUUCGACGGCCAACGACGACGGACGAAGACGAAAUUCCGAGAUCUGAAUCCACAGUGGGAUGAGAAGCUCGAGUUCUUCGUCCACGACGUUGCGGCUAUGGCGGAGGAGAUUCUUGAGAUCAAUCUUUGUAACGAUAAGAAGACGGGAAAACGGAGUACUUUUCUCGGGAAAGUUAAGAUCGCCGGAAGUGCUUUCGCGGCGGCUGGAUCUGAAACUCUUGUUUAUUACCCGCUUGAGAAAAGGAGCGUUUUUUCUCAGAUUAAAGGUGAGAUCGGAUUAAAGGCGUAUUACGUCGACGAGAAUCCACCGGCGGUGGCGACACCGGCGACGGAGCAGAAGCCUGAGGGGGAGAUUCAGGCUGCUCCGGCGGCGACGGAGGAGAAGGCUCCGGAGAAUCCGAAAACAGAGGAGGGGAAGAAAGAAACAGAGGCGGUGAAAACAGAGGAGAAGAAAGAAGCUAAACCGGAAGAGAAACCGAAGGAACAAGCUAAACCGGAGGAGAAAAAACCCGACGCGGCAGCUCCUCCACCUCCGGUGACUGCAGCCGCCGCCGUAACUCCUCCUGCGGUGACGGAGAUUCAAAAUCAGGCUCUACCGCAGAAAACAGAGACGGUGAAGCAUAAAGAAUUAGGAAUUAAACCGGAGAACGUAAACCGGCAAGAUCUAAUCGGAACUAAUCUUGAGCUUCCUUCUUUAACCACAGAUCAGAACCGUGGUGGUGGUUACGAUCUCGUGGAUCGAAUGCCGUUUCUAUACAUUCGUGUAGCUAAAGCGAAGCGAGCAAACAACGACGGAAGCAAUCCGGUUUACGCAAAGCUUGUGAUCGGAACAAGCAGUGUGAAAACCAGAAGCCAAACCGGUAAAGAUUGGGAUCAAGUGUUUGCUUUUGAGAAAGAGAGCUUAAACUCGAGCUCACUUGAAGUUUCAGUUUGGUCGGAAGAGAAAGUUGAGAACGAAGACAAAACGACGACCACGACGGAGAGUUGUUUGGGAACGGUGUCGUUUGACCUUCAAGAAGUUCCUAAGCGAGUGCCUCCGGAUAGUCCUUUAGCUCCUCAAUGGUACACAUUGGAAUCGGAGAAAUCACCGGGGAAUGACGUCAUGCUCGCCGUUUGGCUCGGGACUCAAGCCGACGAAGCAUUUCAAGAGGCUUGGCAAUCUGAUUCCGGUGGAUUAAUCCCGGAGACGAGAUCAAAGGUUUACUUAUCUCCGAAGCUAUGGUAUUUGCGUUUAACGGUCAUACAAACCCAAGAUUUGCAGCUAGCUUCGGGUUCCGAACCUAAACCAAAGAUCCCCACCACUGAGCUCUAUGUGAAAGCUCAACUUGGUCCUCAAGUUUUCAAAACGGCUAGGACUUCGAUCGGACCGUCCGCUUCUUCGUCUGGUUCCGGUAACCCGACUUGGAACGAGGAUCUAGUUUUCGUAGCAUCGGAGCCGUUUGAGCCGUUCUUGAUAGUGUCCGUGGAAGAUAUUACAAACGGUCAAUCAAUUGGUCAGACCAAGAUACACAUGGGAAGCGUUGAGAGGAGAAAUGAUGACCGGACCGAACCGAAAUCGAGGUGGUUUAAUCUAGCCGGCGAUGAGAAUAAACCGUAUUCCGGGAGGAUCCACGUGAAAGUUUGUCUUGAAGGUGGGUAUCACGUGCUGGAUGAGGCCGCUCACGUGACGAGCGAUGUGCGACCUUCAGCUAAACAAUUAGCCAAGCCACCUAUUGGUCUAUUGGAGGUGGGUAUCCGUGGAGCUACUAAUUUACUUCCCGUGAAAACCAGAGACGGUACACGAGGCACCACCGAUGCUUAUGUGGUUGCUAAGUACGGACCGAAAUGGAUUCGGACCCGUACGAUCCUAGACCGGUUUAAUCCACGGUGGAACGAGCAGUACACAUGGGAUGUUUAUGAUCCUUGCACGGUCCUUACGAUUGGAGUUUUUGACAACGGGCGAUACAAACGGGACGAAUCGGGGAAGCAAGGCAGAGACGUACGGGUUGGGAAAAUCCGCGUACGUCUCUCGACUCUCGACAUGAACCGUGUCUACCUAAAUUCCUACACUUUAACCGUAAUCCUACCAAGCGGAGCCAAGAAAAUGGGAGAAAUCGAAAUCGCGGUCCGAUUCUCUUGUCCCUCUUGGCUAAGCAUUAUUCAAGCUUAUGUCACACCAAUGCUCCCUAGGAUGCACUACGUCCGCCCGCUCGGACCAGCUCAACAAGACAUUUUGCGCCAUACGGCUAUGCGUAUCGUGACAGCGCGGCUCGCGCGGUCCGAACCGCCUUUGGGUCAAGAGGUGGUUCAGUACAUGCUAGACACGGACAAUCAUGUGUGGAGCAUGAGGAGAAGCAAAGCUAAUUGGUUCCGUGUCAUCACGUUCUUGUCACGUGCCGCAACUAUAGCCCGUUGGGUUCACGGGAUUCGAACUUGGGUCCACCCACCAACCACCGUCCUGGUUCACUUACUUCUCGUGGCCAUCGUCUUGUGUCCACAUUUAGUCCUCCCAACCGUUUUCAUGUACGCUUUCUUGAUCCUAGCUCUAAGAUUCCGUUGCCGUGGCAGAGUCAAAGUCAACAGCGUUGACCCACGCAACUCUUGCGUUGACUCUGUCUCAUCGGACGAGCUAGACGAGGAGUUUGAUGGUUUUCCGGCGACGAGACCACCGGAGAUUGUUCGUAUAAGGUAUGACCGGUUAAGGGCAUUGGCCGGUCGAGCUCAGACUUUGCUUGGUGACGUGGCGGCUCAAGGGGAGCGGAUUGAAGCUUUGUUCAAUUGGAGGGACCCACGCGCCACGUGUAUAUUCGUGGUGUUUUGUCUUUUCGCGUCGUUUUUGUUUUACAUUGUUCCGUUUCAAAUCUUCGUUUUGGGGUUUGGUUUUUACUACAUUCGACAUCCGAGGUUUAGAGACGACAUGCCUUCCGUUCCGAUCAACUUUUUCCGGCGACUUCCUUCAAUGUCCGAUCAGAUCCUGUGA